AUGGUGGCCGUGUGGUCGCUGUGCACCUUGCUGUGUCUGGCGGCGCCGACUCAGCUGGAGGCGGCCCAGGUGCUGGGGCUGUUCCAGGCGGGAGGGCGCAGCCAGUGGGGGCUGGCCGAGACCUUCCUGAGGGCGCUGGAGCGGCGGGGCCACCACGUCACCGCCGUCACCACCUUCCCCUCCAGUCGGGUGGACGGCAACUGGACAGAGAUACUCAUACCACACCCAAUCACAGGUGAUUUCAACACCUUCGAAAUGUUGGUGUCUGAUUUUGUCGGAACGCUGAAGUUAUUUUCUGACGUUGCCGUCAUAAUGUGCCACUCGUUUCUGGGGGACGAAAACGUACAGAAUCUGUACAGAUCUGGAAAGAAGUUCGACGUCGUCGUACUGGAGCCCUUCCCCGCCGAGUGCCUGCUGGCGUUUGCGCACAGGUUCGGAGCGCCCGUGGUGGCGCUGUCCACCUUCGUAGGGACCGACUGGAUAGCCGACAUGGUGGGCAACCCCACCCCGUACUCUUACGUUCCCAACGCCUUCCUUCAACUUACAACACGCAUGAAUUUCCUCGAACGGGUACAGAACACCUUGGCUGGCAUAAUUCCAAGUAUAGUUCGGCAACUGUAUUACCUGCCAAAGCUUGAUGAGAUUGUACGAAUGUACCUGAAUGACACGGAAUUGCCGAAGUUGUCGGAGAUCGAAAAACAAAUAUCUCUGUUACUAAUUAAUUACCACUUCACGCACGGAUGUCCAAGACCACUUGUGCCAAACAUGGUGGAAGUUGGAGGUCUCCACAUAAAAACGCCGAAGGCUCUUCCUGAGGACAUCCAAAGCUUUCUGGACGGAGCAGAAUCCGGCGCCGUGUACUUCAGUAUGGGAACCAACGUGAGGAGCAGUGACUGGCCGGAGGAGAAGCGGGCGGCCUUCCUGAGGGUGUUCUCCAGACUGGAACAGCGCGUGCUCUGGAAGUGGGAGGCAGACUCGCUUCCAGGCCAGCCCCCGAACGUCAAGAUAGGCAAGUGGCUGCCGCAGUCGGACAUUCUCGCCCACAAGAACGUCCGCGCGUUCAUAACGCACGGCGGCCUGCUGAGCACGCAAGAGGCGACGGCGCGGGGCGUGCCGCUGGUGGCCAUCCCCGUCUUCCUGGACCAGAAGCUCAACGUGGCGCUCGCCUCCAGGCAGGGCUACGCCGUCAGGCUGGACGUCCACAACAUCACCGAGGCCUCCAUAGAGUGGGCGCUCACCGAGGUGCUCACCGUUCCCAGGUACCGUGAGAGAGCCGAACACCUGUCGCGCAUCUUCAACGACCGGCCGACGCACCCGCUGGACGAGGCGGUCUACUGGACAGAGUACGUGAUCAGGCACCAGGGGGCGCCCCACCUCAGGUCCGCCGCGCUCCACCUCUCGUGGUACCAGUACCUGCUGCUAGAUGUCGUCGCUGCGCUGCUACUCGUGUUCCUGGUGGUCAGUUUUGUGAUACGAGCUGUCAUCCGGCGUCUGUUCACAGUUACACCUCAUCCAACUGGAUUCGGAUCGCGUGAAAAAUUUACCAAGAAGGACUAA